GUCCAAACGUGUCCAAACUUAAGAAUGCUCCUACCUUGAGCUGGACAGCGGGCAGGAGUGUUGAUUCUGGUCCUUUAAGCACGACUCCCAAGUCAAUGCUUCCCGUGUCGUUGGAAGGUCUUCUCUUCCUCUGCCCAUCUGUCUCUUCGUCUGUGACACCAUCAUUUCUUCUCUCAGCAUCAAACAAAUCGCAGUUUGCUAAUCGCAUCUUCGUCUUCCCGCAUUCCAUCAUUACAGCAUACAAUUGACCGCUAUGGCUACCAACUCCGGAUCCGACCAGCAAAGACGAGGAGAUCAGCUGCGACGGCUCGCUGAGAUCCAACAGCUCGAAAAUCAGCACGGUCGGAACGAGAGAGCCGAGGCCAUGGCUCUCAGUCUGCUAUCGGAGUCGGGUCUGCAUCCUAUCGAACAAGUCAAGCUCCAUCAUACGCUCGCUGGGUCUCCCAGAGACUACCUCUAUCACGCGAGACAAUGCCUUCUCAAGGUCGAUGAAAUCAUUCGCAUUCGCGACGAAGACGGUGUCAGAAUCAGGCUGGAUUCAAAAUUCGUGGCAAAUUUGGUUCGCGAUCCUGUCGAGACGAAGCUGUACUUCGAGCGAGUGCAUCUUGCUCUAGCAGCCGCUGGCAAGACUCUGCAUGACGAACCUCCGAAUGUCCUCGCUACAGCUCAGCAGGUUGGCCACAAUAAUGUGCCCUCGAUGCCCGGCCAGGCUUCAGCUGGUACGGUCAGCACCGAAUUCCAGUCGCAAGGCAGCUCUAUAGGUCCGCCCUCAUCUGAUCUGGCUGGCAAGGAUGACACGAUCUCAGUGGCUCCUUCCCUCGUUGAUUCGCAAGCCACGGUCUCAGUGGCUUCUAGCCCCGUUGCUUCGCAGGCCACAACUUGGAGUCCGAGUGUUCCCCCGGUUCCGGAAGGCCAGAAGACCGGUCAAGAUGUUCUAGCAUCUAGCGAGGGGAUGUCCGAGAGAGCUAGUGCCGGCCUUCAGCUCCAAUGCUCGCCGUCUGCUGAAUUUUUGCAGUUCUAUCAAGAGGUCCUGGAAGAGUAUCCAGAAUUACUUUUAGAGAUGCCGCAGGUUCUUCAAGGCGAAUAG